UCUGGAAUGUAAACAAAACAUGUCCUCCUUCCUUCGGGGUCCGACGAGCGGGAGUAUGAAUUGGGCGAGUGUUCUCAUUCGUGUGGAAUGAACUAAACGGCCCUUGAAUGAAGUGCCUUUCGGUGGUUUCGGGUACUUUCGCGUCUGUGGAGUGUUCGUUUUAUUUUUCCUACGGGUUUUUGCUUUUAGAAAGUAAUAAUGGCUCACAAGAAUAGUAUAACUGUAAGGUCAUCAAAGAAGAGUGUGAUAUCAAAAGUUGAAGUAGUCACCGUCCCAGCAAAUAAUGUCAAUAGUAUUACUUCAAGACAUCCAGUUGCAGUUGUGGUGGCUGAGAAACUUUGCCCCUCUGCAACUGAGCGCAGUUCGAAGAACGAACCCAAGCGUGUGUAUAUCCCAGGAUGCCCAAUUCCUCAGAUCUUGUCUGAGGAAAUGGAAAAGUACAAUGUAGCAGAUUCAUCUCGAAAUUUCAAUAGGCAGACUUUCCCUGUUCGAAGAUCAUUCAGAUCUGAAACGAACAAAUUGAACCACAAAGACCCAAAGCCUUCUAAAGCUGUCACUUUUCAGAUAGACAAAGUUAAAAGCUUUUCAGAUAAAUCAAGAGAAUAUGAAUAUUCUCAUUCCAGCUCCUCUGAUAUUGUGGACAGUUCCAUAACAAGUGAUGUACAGAGUGGAACAUCAGGAGAAGACCAACCUGCUAGUAAACCACAGUUAUCAGAUGUUCCUCGAUAUGUUCUUGUGUCAAAGGGAAUGAGGGAUAGAUAUCAAAUGGAAUCAUAUUCAGAUACGAAAGCUUAUGUCAUUCGAAAGUAAUUUGUCUUGUAAUUUCUGUUCUACGUCAAAGUGUAAGUGCAUGCAAGGUAGCUCGGAAACUGUAAACACCAGCGACCAUGAAAGUGAGAGAGGUGGCCAGAGGUUAGUUAUUGGAGGUG